AUGAGCGGGUCCCUGGGCCGGGCGGCAGCGGCUCUGCUCUGCUGGGGGCACAGCGCGGGCGGCAGCCUGCGGGGCCUGGGCAUGCGGGCGGCGAGCUCGGGCGGCAGUGGCUCGUCGGAGCACCUGGACAUGCUGGUGAAGAAGGACAGGGUGGUGGUCUUCCUAAAGGGGACGCCGGAGCAGCCCCAGUGCGGCUUCAGCAACACCGUGGUGCAGAUCCUGCGGCUGCACAGCAUCCGUGACUACGCAGUCUACAACGUGCUGGACGACCCCCAGCUCCGGCAAGGCAUUAAAGCCUAUUCCAACUGGCCCACCAUCCCGCAAGUGUACCUCAACAGCGAGUUCGUGGGGGACUGUGACAUUCUUCUGCAGAUGCACCAGAAUGGGGACCUGGUGGAAGAACUGAAAAAGCUGGGGAUCCGCUCCACCCUCUUAGAUGAAAAGAAAGAUCAAGACUCAAAGUGAGG